AUGGAAGUGGAGCAACAGUCCGAUGAAGCUAAAGAAAUAGAAAGUUCUUAUGAGUCCAUGGAGGACGAGGUCGAGGAGUAUUGUGUAGUAGAAGGUGCUGAAGCAGUUCCAAUGUGUUUAUCAGGUGGGGUUAUAGUGGAGCCCACGUUGGGCAUGGAAUUCCCCUCUGAAGAUGACGCCAGGAAUUUCUACAAAGCCUAUGCCAAGCAGACGGGUUUCAGCAUUCGUGUCAACUCCUAUUACCGAUCGAAGAGAGACAAUUCGAUUAUAUCGCGGGAGUUUUGUUGCUCGAAAGAAGGAUUCCGUCGCGAGAAGAGAGGGAAGAAGGUGGAUUUGGUGGACGGCGUUAAGAGGAGGCGUGCUAGGCCUAUCACUAGGGAAGGUUGCAAGGCGCUGAUGACGGUGAGAAGACGAGAGAAUGGGAAGUGGUAUGUGGCAAAGCUAGAGAAGAGACACAGCCAUGAGCUAGUCACUCCGUCAAUGAGGCAAUUUCUUAGAUCACAUAGGCCUGAAUGUGAUCCAAACAAAAGUUUGAAUGAUUCGGGUUUGAGUAUUUCUUUGAGAGAUUUUGGUGAAGUUAGCGGUAACAGUUUUGGCAAAAUGCAUUUUCCUGUAGAGGGUAGUGUUAAUUAUAUUGGAAAAGGACGGUUGAGCACUUUUGGGAUUGAUGCUCGAAGUCUGCUCCGAUUUUUUAAGGUUAUGCAAGCUAGUGAUCCCGCAUUUUUCUACGCUAUUCAGGUUGAUGUAGAAGAUAGGCUAAGUAGUGUGUUUUGGGUUGAAACGAGAUCAAGAAUUGCCUACAAUUGUUUCUCUGAUGUUGUGGCCUUUGAUACUAGUUACCAAGUGAAUCAGUAUAAGAUGCCGUUUGCGCCUUUUACUGGAGUGAACCACCACAAACAAUCUGUGCUGUUCGGUUGUGCUUUGCUUGCAGAUGAGAGUGAAUCCACUUUCAUUUGGCUCUUCACAACUUGGCUUGAGGCGAUGUCUGGACAACAACCGGGUUUGAUCGUCACCGACUAUGAUUUGGCUAUAAGUAGAGCAGUGCAACAAGUUUUUCCACAUUCAAGCCAUAGAUAUUGCAAGUGGCAUAUCAUGAGCAAAAUACCAAAAGAACUGGGAAUGAUAUACAGUGCACUCCCAAGAACCUUUCAAGUGGAGUUCGAAAGAAUUGUCAAUAGGAGCGAAUCGCCAGACGAAUUUGAAUCUUCUUGGCAGGGGCUUCUUGAUAAGUACAAUCUUAGAGGAAAUGAUUGGCUUCAAUCACUUUACAUUGACCGCAAAUUGUGGGUUCCCACACUUGUAAGAGACACAUUCUUUGCAGGCAUGCAUGCAGCCCAGAGAAGUGGAAGUGUGAGCUCACUCUUUGAUGGCUAUGUGAAUGCAGGGACUACCUUACGAGAUUUCGCGGAGCAAUAUGAAAAGGCUUUGAAUGAUCGGUAUGAGAAAGAAGCGAAGGCGGAGUUUGAGACAUUCUAUACUAAACCGGUUCUGAAAACGCCGCUACCUGUGGAAAAACAAGCAGCGGAACUGUACACAAGAAUGAUGUUCUCAAUAUUUCAGGAUGAGGUUUUCGAGUCUCUUGUGCUUUCUGUCAAAUCCAUCAGGGAGGACAACAGGACCACAAAAUAUGAGGUAGCUCGAUUCGAUGAAGAACAUAAACUGUACUUUGUGGACCUUAAUGUUGAUGAACAAGUCGCUUGUUGUAGCUGCAAAAUGUUCGAAUUUGAAGGGAUUUUAUGCAGGCAUGUGCUUGCAGUGUUCAAAGCGACAAAUGUGUUUAUACUUCCACAGAAAUACAUCUUAAAGCGGUGGACAAGAAGUGCCAAGGAUGAGGCUAUGUCGGACGAUCUUUUCGGUGUUGAUAAGCAGGUUAAUUAUCAAAAGGGGAAGAUGUUGAAGUACAAUAUUUUGUACCAGGAAGCCAUUAAAUGUGCAGAGGAAGGAAUGACUUCAGACCAUAUUUUUAAGGUAGCACUAAGUGCCUUGAGAGAAGCUAGGAUUAAAAUUGUUGAAACUAAGAAAAAUGCCAUGAGAGAGAAUAACAACAACCAUAUUGCAAGGCAAGUAGAUAGUUCACUGAUAAUUACAACCCCUCUUGAAAACCACAAAGAUAUAGAGAGAGAAACUUGUGAGGACAAUGACACGUCUAAAUAUGUGCCAAAGCAAUCCUCUAGUGGAGUUGGUUUGUGUAGUAAUUGCAACUGCCCUGGUCAUGAUAGUCGUUCUUGUCUGUGGUUGAAGGAUUCGGGUUUAAGUUUCAAAUAG